CAAAUCUGUUAACUUUACAGGGAAAUACUGAGCCAUUAAUCCGUAAUGUCAUGACCCUUAAGUCAUGUUCUCCUAUAGUUGGUGUCGACGUGAUGUCCUUUGAUACAGAAAGAGAAGUCUUGCUAGCUUGGAGGGUGGUACUGAAAGAAAAUCUAGUUCUAACAUUAUUUAGGGAUGAGUAUAUACUUCUGCAUGAGGAAUAUCAGCUCUAUGUUCUACCAAGAAUUUUGGAAUCAAAGAGGACGACAAAAUCUGGACGCACCAAGCAAAAAGAAGCAGAUUUGGAAUAUAGUGUUGCAUAGCAGGUUGAAAAAAUGAUU